AUAUAUAUAUAUAUAAAUAUUAUUUAUUUAUUUUUUCCUGAUUUGGAGCUCAAGAAACUUCUUAUUAUCAGUGUUGGAUAGUGUCUUAAUAUUUUUGUGAAAACUGAUACUUUCUCACUGCCGCCUCUGCUGUUUUUUGAUCUGAUAGCGUCAAUAUCUGGACUGGUUUCCCUCUUUUCAGUUGUAUUCAGGUCAGGUCAGGCAGAUGAGUCUCCCCACUGGUUACUUUAGACUUCCCUCUUUCUGAUGGAGGCCAGUUCUCAGACCAGGGAAUCUAGUUCUUCUGUUCCCAGGCACGGCCUUCUUUGAUGGGGAUUUCUCCCACCCACCUCUCAUCAGCCUACCCACUUCCCACAUCCUUCCAAAGAGGCUGGGCAAACAAGACCCCGCGUUCUGCCAAUUUGUUCGUACAAAACGUGGGGAUUUGGGGGCCUGCAGACACUCUUACACAGACAAAUGGUAAGUAUUUGCUUGGCAGUCUGAGAUUCCUCACCCCCACCCCUACUACGCAUUAACACACACUCACUUGGUGCUUUCUCUACACUCUCGGACAACUGGUUUCUUUAUGCUGACUGUCAAAAAAUGGCCUUGAAAGUACGAAUUGUUUUUUUUUUUUUUUUUUUUUUCCCAAGCUCUUUCGCGUUGGUUUUUGCAAGUUACUCAUCAUGGCCAUGCUGUUCAGUUAGGACAACCAGUUUUACCCGUUUGUGUCAGUAACAGAAUUCAAGCAGAUCGUUCUUGAAUUUAAGAUGUUCAAACUGGUCUAAGACAUCAAAAAAUUACCUUAUUUUGUUUUAGUUUCAUUCUCAACAUUUUUUUUUUUUCAUAAUUAAUUGUACCUUUCCUCCCAUUCUCAAGCUGUAGUAGGGUAGUAAUCAUCUCAAAUAAUGUUUUUGUACUACAUGGAACUAAUUAGUUAUUUUUAGUUGAGGGAAAUUGUUUUACAUAUGCAUGUUCCUUGUGUUUGUGUUGCCAUUGUUUUAACACAUGAGUUUGAAUAUUUAACCAUAAUUCAAACAUGGUGUGAUGUUAAGCAUUCAGCUCAAAUUUGUAAAGUUUGGGUUGUGGUCACAUCCACAUCUUGACUAUUUUUUUUUUUUUUUUUUUUUUUUUAAAUUUCAGUUGGACAUCAUCCGAGUACUCAUAGUAUACUAGGUCUAGUUGCUUUGAGUAUAAACACUACUUAUACUACACAAUUAUGUGGAAUAUUACAGAAAUAAGUAACUUUUCUCAAGUAGUUGUUUUAGGCUCCAUCUGUCCUGAGAUAAAAUGUGGACCGUGUGAGCGUUUCUGACAGCCUGUGGGAUGUAAAUAGGCUGAGGUCUCAGUGUAUUAUUGUGAGUGGGCCAGUCUAUCAGGGGCCGGACUGAGGCCUGAGGCCCCGCAGUCCUCAUGGCAUCCUGAUCAGAGGAUUAGCAGCAUACAGCCGCAGGUCAAGAGCAUGCCAGUCACACACACACUUGUCAUUUCCCUUUCUCUCACAAACACCUUCGCUUUCACACACGUACGCCCGGAGAGAGCAUUUCUCAACCGCUCACACUUAUGCAGAAGAGGCCUGUUUGAUAGCAGGCUGCGGAUUAGGUUCUGUGUUCUCUUUUAUUCUUAUUCUGAUUGGCUUAUGCUCCUUGAGAGGCUUUUUACUACAGUGAGGUCGUACUAGUCCAUACAAUGAAAGGGGAUUUUUUUCUCAUGACAUCAUAUUCCCCCAGCCUACCCCAUUUGAAAGAUUUGUUAGAAAUAAUCAUGUUUGAUCCAUAAAAAGAGUUGGUUGUAAAAAUGUAGCCUAGUUUUAUAUGUCUGUUCUCAAGUAAUAAAUAAAUAACCCACAAUUCUACUCCAAACUUUAACCACAACCACUUUAUAAAUGUGACAGCUGGUCAGUGUCGGGCCGAACCGUUCCAGUUCCAGAAUAUAGGGGUGGGCUGGUGUUUGACCAGAGAAGCGUGUCCUGUCUGUUAGUGUACCCCUGCACUGACCCCUGUCCAUCCCUCAAUAGUACAACGCCUUGUUGCCCCCAGCAUGAGGUCCCAGCAUCCCCUAGUUGUGAUAGUGGGGGGCACACAGCAAGGGGCCUUAGAGAGGAUGCAGAAUUAGCAGCUAAAAUGGAGACUCACAUUUCCAUAUGCAUGCCACUGACAAGUGUUCUACUGAAAAACCCGGUACCAAUACGUGCACAAGGUGGCCCAAUCCAACAAGAUGGGGUGAAGAAGGGGGAGCUGGAGGGGGGUUGAGCUUUAAAGGGGACUGCAAUAUUGUACUAAUUCGUGCAAGAGACUCUCUAUCAAAGCGAAAGACAUACGGUAAUUAACGAGGGGUGAGGGGGGGAAAGAGAGGAAAGAAAGAGCAGGAAGAAAGAGUUUGGGAGCAAAAGGGACAGGGAUGCUGAUUUUGACGUGUAAAUGCUGUGGUGAUUAGCAUGUGGUGGUUUGUCCAGACCUGGUAUUUACCGGCAGAAUUGAAUGCGUGUGCGGCGUGGAUGUGACUUUGUCCCCCCUAAAUUUCUACAGCCACCUUUUCAGAUACAGCCUUCCCCCACUCUGAAGACCCCCUCACCUUUCAGUUUCUUUUCUUACCUCUUUUCUAUGGCCAUUGCCUUUUUCUGCCCUCUUUCUCAAUGGUGUGAAUGUAUAAUAUAAAGGUUGUUACCAACGGCUGGGCCGAUUCUUCUUCUUCUUUUUUCUCCUCCUUCCUCCUUUUUUUUUUUUUUUUUUUUUUAAUAAAGAUCAGUCUUGUCCAGCAAUGAAUGAUCAGCCGACAGAAAUUCUAUAAUUAAUUAAAAUAAUUUUAUAAUCUUAUUAUCAUGGGUUUUGGAUACAGUUUAAUAAAGUGUUAAUUAUGUUUUUAUUUAUAACAUCUAUUAUCUAUAUGUCUUUUAUAUUUUUAUUUACUUUUUAAAAAAUAUUUGUUUACUUAUUACUAAAUUAUUUGUUAUUAUUAUUUUCAUUAUUAAUGAAAUGGUGUGUUACAUGAUCAGACAUCUGUGCCUCUGUCCUCUCGCAGUAAGGUAAAGUAUUUUACACUUUUCUCUGGGACUGAAAAAGAGCAGAGCAGGUCACCCAGUGUGGUGCCUCUCAUCUUUUGUGUGCUGGUUUCCCUGUGCCAGCUUUCUGCUGUCACAUUAGUGCAUGUCAAAUCCAGGAGAUCACAUGCAAAUGUACUCUUGGACUUUUAGCUUUUUAGCUUGCUUCCUUUGCAAACAGGAUGUACUUUUUGGUCUUUCAAACAGAUUCGGUAAGUGUCAUCAUGUUUGUCUUGCUUUGCUAAGUGUCUCUCUGGGAUGUUUUGGAGCAAUUAUUUACACCUGCUGCAAUGGGUAAGUGGGAGCAAGAAUCCUUCAUCAUCUAAUGAACCGUUGGCAGACCCUCACUGAAUAUUUCCCUCUGGCCAGAGGAAUAGGAUAUAUGUAAGUACGAACUGUGUGUGAUUGUGUAUUUUGUGUGGGUAUCUGUCAGACGAUCAGUGUGAGUGGUCAUCCUGUUACGGGUCAAAGUUCAUGGUCAUCAAUGGUUGAGGUGGACGGCUCUCCAUCUGGUGGGGACUCGGCCUCUGAGGGUCAGGGCUAAAAAGUGUCUGCAAGUGUGUAGCUUGUCUUCAGAAGUUUAGUUUGUGUGUGAUAGAACAAGUGUGUGAAUCACAUGUCCAUGUGUGUCCUGUGUGAGGUCUAAAGGCCUCUUCAGUUUACAGUGUGUUUAGAGGCAAAUUUAGCCCGAGGCUGUACUGAAUGCUCCAAUCACACACAACAAUACCUGUCAAGCCAUUUGACCAUUGACAAAAACACUGCACUUCUCUCUCUCUGGCAGGUAGAUCUUUGGUGCUGCAGCUGCAUGUCAUGAAUUGAAUGAAAGCAGGCACUUGAGCAACUGUGUGCAGCCAGUAAAAAGGUUUCAAUAUUUAGCAAGACCUGGAACAGCACAAUGUAGGAGCAUUAGUAUGCUAAUGAGGUGCAGGGCGACAGGUGGCCCGCUAGACAGCUCAAUUAAGCAGCUCGUUAAAGGCCAAGCUAACGAAGCGGCCUGCACUGCAAGCCUCAACAAACAAUGUGACUGUGCCGGCUACAAAUUGGUGAAAUGUAACUGAAUGUGCCAAGAAGAGCAGAUGGGUUGGUGAGAGAAGAGAAUAAAGGAAAAGUUGCUGCAAAAGAGUCCUGAGAAGAGUAUAAUUUUGGGUGUAUCAGGGUGUGUGUCAGAUCUUUGUGUAAAGGUUUGCAGAUCCUCUUCAAAGUACUUCAGAUGACAAGGGACCCCUCUUAAAAACACAAGCCUGAACUCUUCAGUUUAAGAGCCCUGCUGCUUCCAGCAGAAUAUCCACAGGAAGUGCCACCCAUUCUUUGAAGAUGUUCAGGUUUUGGUGAACAAUCAGUGUGAGGCUGACAUAAAUGAUCUCGACCCCUGGCUGCUGUGAAAGUUCGGGAUGCAGAGGAGGGAUGGAGAGAUGCAUACCUCCUAAAGAAUCUGGGCAGAGACAAUAGAACAGCGCACAGGCACUUGGGGAACAGAAGGGUGACACAGAGGGCAGCUCUCACCCACAACAACUCUCCUCCUUUGAAAACAAAACCCCAACCUGUUACUGCUUCAGCCUGCCUGUGGGAGGGGAUGCUCGUAAUAAAGCUGCCAGCCCCCUCAUUAGACAUCACGAGGUUGGAGGGAAGAUUAGCAGGAUUAAGACUGGCUCACAUAUGCUGCUCUUCACUAUUGGCAUUCAACACAACAUAAGCCCAACUGCCACCCAGACGGGGAGAGAAAGAAAGAUGUAGAGGAUUUUUGGACCCCCACCCACUUGUGCUCAUUGGUUCUUGACGGGCUGUCGGAAAAGCGUUGACAUUGUCCCGGUGACUUGCCCCCGGGUGAUAGGGAGGAGGGACCUACUAUAAAAUACCCCUCGUCACUCUCGGGCGUGCCAAACACAAACAGUGCACGAGUGAACUGGAAUAACGAGUGAAUUCUGCAAAGCUGCACACCAACAGGCGCUUGCACCUGCUACCGGAAUAUUGACAUCUGCGAGAAGCUGAGAGCGCACUGAACAUCAUGGACUCCGACACGAGCCGAGUGUCCAGUAGACCUUCUUCUCCUGAAGGCGAUGAUCUCUUCCUGUCCGCAGUCAAGAAGUCCGUCGGUUUCUCCGGCGCCGUCUCCUCCACGCAGAGCGAUUCUCCUCCGGAGUUAAGAGGCGCAGAUCUGCGUGGCGUCUCCAGCGCCGAUGAGGACGCAGUGGCUCUGAAGAUGCUCUCCAAAAAGGACCGUAAACUUCUAUCUGAGAACGAACUACAGAGUAUGCGCCUCAAGAUCAACAGCCGCGAGAGGAAGCGCAUGCACGACCUCAACAUCGCCAUGGACGGGCUCCGGGAGGUCAUGCCCUACGCCCACGGGCCAUCCGUGCGCAAGCUCUCCAAAAUAGCCACCCUGCUGCUCGCGCGCAAUUAUAUCCUUAUGCUGAGCAACUCGCUGGAGGAGAUGAAACGGCUUGUGAGCGAGAUCUACGGCGGAGGGAGCGGGGCCCAUCACGCCGGUUUCCACCCGUCCGGUUGUGGCACCCUUACGCACGCGGCGGCCGCUCCGUUACCGGGUCACCCUGCUGCUGUCUCGCAUUCCUCUCACCCGGUACAUCAUCCUCUGCUACCACCAGCAGUCUCCACUGCCGCAUCUCUCUCUGGCCCGGGUCUGACAGCCGUCAGGCCGCAUCACGGACUCCUCAAGGCACCAUCGGCCUCAGGGCCACUCGGCGCUGGUUUCCAGCACUGGGGUGCCGGAAUCCCGUGUCCGUGUAGCAUGUGCCAGGUGCCUCCGCCUCAUGUGUCUGGUAUGAGCACCGUCAGCAUGCCACGACUGACCAGUGACUCAAAAUAAAGUACUGAACUUUGAUAAAAGAACUCUGAGAAGGAACCAUAGACUUUUAUAUAUAUAUAAAAACUGUAUUAUCUCGUGUUUAUCAGUUUAUGACUGAACAAUUUGCAAAGCACAAAUAGAUCUGAAGCGAAGAAGAAUGGAUCAAAGCCACUAACAUAGAGUUUUCUAACACUUUAGAGAUAUUAGGGUUUACUAUCCAUGUGCAUUUUUGUGUAUGAAGUUUGUUAUCAUUACUCUUUUUAGCCUUCAAUCCUGGGACUGCGACGAAAGAUAAGAUUAAAAUAAAUCCGGCCAAUUUAUGCUUCAGUUAAAGAGGGCUAAAUAGUUUAAUGGGCUAUUAAACGAAAUUAUUCAUUAAAAAGUCUUAUGGUUUUGAAAAACAUAAUAUGACUGUAUAUUGUGUAAAUAUGUAGAUAGCGAUUGUACAGUUUGAGAGAUUUUAUAUUACCUUCCCCAGUUUAGGCUAUUUGGGGUCAGAAUUCAUUUGCCAAGCGCUGUCUGUAACACGAAAGAUGCACCUCUCUCUCUCUCUCUCUCUCUCUCUCUCUCGAUCACUUUAGUUUUCUGGCUUUCCAUCUUUGUUAUUUUUAUUUCUUCUUUCUGCACAAGCUUACCCGUCAUUGCCGAUGCGAAGAAUGAUCAACUUUUAUUUUUUAUAAUAAAGUGCAAAAUGAUAUUUAUUUACUUAUUUUGAUGGUAUUUUCAAAUUAAUGUGCGGUGAAUGUUUGAGUCAUAACUGUAAAAUAAAUGUUUUAAAAUGA